AUGACAGGAGAGGUGUUCGCAGUGAAGCAGGUGGCGUUGGACCGCUCUGAUGCUGACUUCAGGGGCGACCACUCCAUCGAACAGCUCAAACAGGAGAUCAUGCUGCUGAGUCGCAUCAACCACCCCAACAUCGUGCAAUACCUCGGCUGUCAAAUCGACGACAAGUACCUGUACAUAUUCCUGGAGUACGUGGAGAUGGGGUCGAUUCUGAACGUGCUGAAGAAGCUGCCAGUGCGCCCCCAUGCGCUGCUCAGCAAGUAUGUGCGCCAGGUGCUGCAAGGGCUGGCGUUCCUGCACUCCAUGGAGUUCGUUCACCGGUGA